UUUGAAUUGCUGUUUUCUCUUCAUCUUUACCGAUUAAAACACUUUCGUUUGAAAAAUGGAAACGUUACAAAGCUCCUAUUUUUUAUUUUUUCUGCUUGCAAGUACAGUUUUUUCAGAUAAUGUCAAAGAAGCUAACGAAUAUAUGGAUCUACUGUUGGAAAAUCUAAGAAACGAUCCCGUGAUCGCCAAAAAAGUGGAACCAAUUCACGUUCCUAAUGUCAGAGAGAGCACAUUCGAAGGUAGAAACAUAUACAUCAAAGGAUUAUCAAACCUUUACAGAUUAGAGGACAGCCAAGUUGAGGCCAAAGGGGAUAAAGUAUACGUGACUUCUAAACUGGGAGUGGCUAAAAUUAGAUUUAAUAUGGAUUACAAAGUUAAAAAACCCAUUUUACCUAUCUGGAUCAGUGGUAAAGCGGAAGGGAAAAUUGACAACGUAAGAGUUCGCUGUGUUGUCGGAGUAUCUUCACUUGACGGAACUGGAAAAGUGGAAGAAUUUAAAGUAAUACAUUUUGGUAGAUUUAAAGUUACUAAAGUCAGAGGUGCCACAAUUGCUUUCAAUUGGUUAUUGGCUAUUAUAACAAAUUUCAUGUUUAAUCACUCCAAAGGGAUGGUGAUUGAAGGUAUUGAAAAUGGCGUAUCAAACCUGCUUCGAGAUAAACUGAAUGAAGUGAAGAUAACAUCGAGAAAAUUAAAAUCCAGAUCUUUAUAGUCCCAUACAGGGUCUUAUAACCUAUAUCUAAAUUAUAUAUAUUUUUCAUUUUUUACGAGAAUCUAUGGUUAUACAUUAAUAUCGUGUAAUUACUCGUGUAAUAAAACUUAACAAAGUUCUCUAUUUUAUUUCUUGAGCAAAAUUUAAUUAAUAUAAGUAGGACAUGAAUCUUUUCUUUUAAAUUUACUUUAGUAAAUUUAGUUUAUAACUAUUUUAAUUUUUAUUUAAUUUGAUUAACGUUGUAAACAUCUUGAAACAUACAUUAUACUAACUAAAAAUAUGAUAAGAUGCGGGUUUGUAGUUAAAAAUAUGGCAAAAUAAAAAUGAAAAUUCGAAUUCUUAACAUUAAAAUAGGGUGAUUCAAAAAUGUACAUAAACGGAAUUGUGACGCAUCUUUCAGGUGCCUUAUAAGCACAAAAUUGCAUUUGCCAUGAAUGGGUCAUAGCUUUACAAUACUAUAAAUAAACUCCAAAAUAUAUGUAAACAAGACUUCAUUAAUUAAAGUAUGGUCAUACCUGAACAAUAGACUUGGGGCUCGUCUUCUCAGGAGUUUCAUAUUACUGCUCGUUACUAUAUUUUGUUCUACUUAUAUAUGCACGAUUCCUUUGAAGAAGGUGGGCCAGAGGACUGAAAAAUGCUUAAAAUAACCUGGGUGUCAACAUAUAUAAGCUCUGAUGCUCCAUAACAUUGAUAACCUGAUCUCUGAAACGAAAGAUCCAUUGCGCCUUAUAAGAAACAUGAUUAAUACAAGAGACUGAAGCAGACAUAAAGACA